UGGUAAACACAGCAGAGCCGAACCACAUCAGACUCCUGAAAAAGGAACGAGGGAGGGGAAAGACGAGACGCAUAAGGGCAGAGAAAAAAUCCCUCACCGACUGCCUUCAGUGAGCAACAGAAAUGAAAAAUAGGAGUUACACAAGUUACAGAAGGCAGUCUGAGAGAGACCGUGAAGAUUCAAAGGGACAGCAUACAAUUCACAUGCUUUUUUCUUCCUUGUAAGGGCUCAGAACUGAAAACGGGAUUAUCUCGGUCAUCUCAUUUUAGAAACAUAUGCUGUCUGCCAUCAGGAUUUUCAUCAUCAAAUCUGUGGAAAUAACCGUAAGGGCGUCUAAUCGGGGUUUACAGUGAGACUGUCCAAAGGAAAGGAAGACCUGCCAAACAAGCAGGCUGGGCGUUCAUGAACUGAGACAUCUGCAUGGGCAGGGAACUGUUCUUCAUCAUCAACAAACUACAUUAGGGAGCUACGUGGACGUUGGGUAUUGUUUUGCUAGUCGGUAAUGUGCACACCCUUUGGAGCGGUGCUUUGCCGUGUGUUAUGUUGAUGACACACUCUUUCCUCAAACCUCAAGGGUUGGGCUGGACCAGCAUGGGAGGCUAGAAAGGCAAAUAGCAUCAUGGGAGCCAAGCAAAUGAAAUGUCUCAGUUCAUCUAGUCCCACACACUCACCCAAGGAGGAGUAUAUAGGAGUAUAUGCCAAAUCUGAAGAGUUGGGGGAACAAGUGGGGAACCACACAGUGCAACCACAAAGCCUCUCAGAGGAUGCAGUGAAAUCCUCAGCCACUGAGCCGUCACCCAUCCCAGAGCAUGCUGGGAAGGAUGAGAACAACCCAUGGGAGGAACAGCUAUGUGCCCAGCAGGAACAGCUGGAGAAGGACAUGCAGGAGACCAGGAAAAUGGUGACAAGGCUUCAGGCCCUGUUGCUGCAUGGCUCACUACCUGAAGAUGAGCAAACAUCUACUUUGAGUUUUGGGGACUGUGGGGCCAAUUCAGAGCAGCAGCUGAUUUUAGUCCGCAGUCGCCUGGACCAGAGCAUGGAGGAGUCUUUAGAUCUGAAGAGAGAACUUUUAAGGUACAAGCAGGAGGCACGAAAUCUUCAGGCUGUCAAGGAUGCUUUGCAGCAGAGAAUGUCUGCACAGGAGGAUACAGUUCUGCAGCUGAAACAGGAGUUGCUCAGAUCCAGCAUGUCCAGAGAGGAUCUGGAGGGACAGAAUGCGGAAUUAGAAAGGAAGUUGUCUGAACGAAACAGAUUGCUGAGUGAAUACAAAAAGGAUCUUGGGCAUAAAGAUAGACUCAUUCAGCAGCAGCAAAUAAAACUGGUUGAUGCUCUGCGCAGGAUCAAUGACACAAGCUAUCACAGGUUGUCAGGUUGUGAAAAUAAUGGCUACAGUCAUAUAAUGUUUACGUCGUCCACACCUUUCCAACACAGAAUUGCAGAUGAGCUGCAGUUAGUUCGAGACGCCCUGCGCAGUCUGAGGGACAGUUUCAGUGGUCAUGAUCCACAGCACCACACACUGGACACACUGGAACAGGGCGUGGCCAGUAUAGUGGACCGCCUCCAUACCACAGAGUCCAAAAAAAGGCAGGAGAGAAAGUGGUCAACAAGAUCACCAAGACGCAAAGCCAAUCACACAGACCGAGAAUCAUGGCCAUCAAGCUCUAAGAUGGCCCAUUCUCACAGUAGUCCUGUUCUCAGUGCAGCAGCCUCAACCAAAGUACUCUACUACACCGAUCGAUCUCUCACACCCUUCCUAGUCAACAUCCCUAAGAGGCUGGGGGAGGUCACGUUAAAUGACUUUAAACUGGCUGUGGACAGGCACGGCAAUUUCAGAUAUCACUUCAAAUCUCUGGAUCCAGAGUUCGGAACCGUCAAAGAGGAGGUGUUUUUAGAUGAUGCCGUGAUACCUGGAUGGGAAGGGAAGAUUGUUGCAUGGGUGGAGGAGGAUCAUGGAGAGAGCAGAUAGAUACAUUCACUGCAUUAAGAAUGCAUUCUUGGCCCCAGAUAUACCUCAUUCCAAG